GCUGUACAUCAGUUAUCAAUUAUUUGUUCGGCAGUAGUCUACAGGCUAUUCUUCAUUCGUCUGUAUACUUAACUGUUUUAAAUACAAACAAAUUUAACUAUAAUUGAUAGAAAAAUGAACACCAACACUAUGUCUCUGUUUGCGCUGGUCGCCUGCUGUCUGGUCACUAUGUCCGUCACCGCCCCAUCCGGUUUGAUCUCUGUGCCCCUAGCCUCAGCACCUGUUGUGGCCGCCCCAGUCCAACCAGUGGUCACCGCUUACAGUUCGCAGUAUGUGGCAAGAAAUUACAACGGAAUUGCCGUUUCACCCGCUGUCGUUCCUUCCGCACCCAUCGUCACCUACCCUGCCGUAGCUCCAGCACCCGUCUACACACCCGCCGGACUCACCUACUCAGGACCUCUGGUUCAAGACUAUCUUUUCUGAAGACAACCCUCGCGCAUAACAAAUAUAUUAUAAAUUAUAUUGCAUAAAAUAAAAGAUGUCCACAAAUAUUGUCAGACCUAUUAUUGAACACAAUAAUAAACAACAAUAAACUGUCAGUAAAACAA